UUGUAGUUUUAUUAAAAGAAAUCUCGAUCAAAAGUCUUAUCUAAAAAAUUUCUUAAAGUCGACCAAGUAAACACCAACCACUUUCCUUGCCACAUAAAUGUUUCUUCUCGUUUAUCAGCUCUUUCUGGGCCCAAUUUCUUCUCUCUGUCAUUCAUUGCAAAUCUUGUUUACUAGAUAAACAUCAUGUUGUUUUUGUGAUAUUAGUACAGAAAAGGAAGAGGGAUACUGUUGGAGGAAGAGUUGGAUGGAGAAGGCAGGGGACAUGGGAAUUGGAAGAGGAGGGGGGAGGGUGGUGGUGAUAGGAGGUGGAGUAGCUGGCUCCCUCAUUGCUAAGUCUCUUCAGUUCACUGCAGAUCUCACCCUCAUUGAUCAGAAAGAGUACUUUGAGAUCCCAUGGGCAAGCUUAAGAGGAAUGGUGGAGCCUUCAUUUGCAGAGAGAUCAGUGAUCAACCAUAAAGAUUACCUGACUAAUGGCCGUCUUGUGGUAUCCAAAGCCAUCAAUAUUACCAAUUCUGAUGUCUUAACUGCAGAGGGUCGCCUUGUUGCUUACGAUUACCUGGUCAUUGCUACUGGCCAUGAUGAUCCCCUUCCCAAGAUUAGAAAUGAGAGACUUACCGAGUAUCAAGCAGAAAAUGAAAAGAUUAAAGCUUCUCGUUCCAUUUUGGUUGUCGGAGGUGGUCCUACUGGAGUUGAACUUGCUGCAGAAAUUGCUGUUGAUUUUCCAGAAAAGAAGGUUGUUUUGGUGCAUGAUGGACCUAGGUUGCUAGAGUUUAUUGGACCCAAAGCUUCUGACAAGACUUUAGGCUGGUUGAAAAACAAAAACGUAGAAGUGAAAUUGCAGCAAUCUGUUGAGUUGGUUAGGAGUUCAGAUGGAAGCAACGCUUACAUAACUUCAUCUCGUGAAACAAUUAAAGCAGAUUGCCAUUUUCUGUGCACUGGAAAACCAGUGGGUUCAGCGUGGCUAAAAGAAACCAUCUUGAAGGAUGGCAUGGAUAGUUUUGGGAGAUUGAAAGUUGAUGAGAACUUGAGAAUCAAGGGUCACAAGAAUAUCUUUGCAAUUGGAGAUAUCACAGAUAUUAAGGAAAUUAAACAAGGGUAUUUAGCUCAAAAGCAUGCUUUGAUUGCUGCAAAAAACAUAAAGAUAUUGAUGGAUGAACAAAAGGAAAGCAAGAUGGCCGUUUACAAGCCUCGUUCAAUCAAGGUUAUUGUUUCACUGGGAAGGCAUGAUGCAGUGGCUCAAUUUUCUUUCACAACACUGAUUGGUCUUGUUCCUGGUUUGAUCAAAUCCAAGGAUCUAUUUGUUGGGAAAACAAGGAAGGCGAUGGACCUUGACCCUCAUAUUGUUCACUACUAGUUUUCAGGUAAUCGUUGUAGAUCGGGGAGCCAAGAGCUACUGGACUUCAAAAGAUUGCUCCAAGGCAUAAUGGUAUUAUGUAUGGUUGUUUCAUUCAACAGUGAUUAACAAAUUUCGUCUACUAAAAGUGCUACACUUAGAUAGCAUAAGGUACUAAAUUUUGACAGGUAAUCUGCAAAUCAAAAGUAGAUCAGAGAGAUGAAUUGUAAAAAAAUCAUUUUUUUUUCUAUGAGUUUUUUUCUGGUUUAUAUGUUAAUUUUGGAAUUUUUGGAUCUUUUCAUCAGAUUUCAACAUUAGCUUUGAACUUGAAUCGGUUGGAUAAUAAAUCUAAAGAAAUAGACAUGUAUAGAUAUUUAUAGAGCAGUUCGUGCAAUUGAUGAUGAUUUGUAAUUUACAGUGUAAUCUUUUUUAUUUUGUAAUUCUGUUAAAUCUAAUGAUUUUUCAUAUCA